AUGAAAAGAACUACACGUGCAUCAAGCCGUCGCGCACAGUCAUCGGCUGCCUCUAGAAGCGAUUCGAUCAAAGCUGAACAGAAUUCUCCUGUUCUCCCCUCGAUCGCGGAAAACUCACAGCUCAACAAUGAUAUUGAUAACGAUCGCACCAAUACAGUCUCAAACUCACAAUCUGUUAUCUAUAAGGAAGCAGCUUGCAAGAACUGGGCUCUGACACACGCCGAACUGCAUGAAAUGUACUCGGGCAUCUUCGCUCCGUACAAAGACGGAAAGGUCCACCAAGAGUAUGGUGAAUGGCCAGAGGACUUCUGUAAAGCCAUCUCUGUUCUAUCACGCUGUAUCAACAAUCCAGCCGUCGCAAAAGCUGGCAUUGUCAAACAUGUUCUAGCCAAGGCACAGAGUGAUGGUUCAUUACCUUCCGAAAAGCAUCAAGAAGGGGUUUAUCUCGGCAUACAAGCAGUUCACGUGGACAAAGCUCUGUCCGACUUCAAGAAUCUUCCGACUCUUCACGAAAGCCUCAAACGGCAUAACAGUACUAUCAAAAGUCAAAGAGAUGGUAAAAGACCUCAAGGCAGCGGCGUGACCAGACCUCUAGGACACAUGAUGCAAUCAUCGACCGUAUCGUCCCCUCGAAAUUUCACAGGCAACGAUUCUUCCCAACCCGAAAUCCAGUAUAUAGAUUCUGGGUACCCAAUACGGCAAGUCAGCUUCAGUCCCCCACGUAGCAAUGUACAAGAAGCACCGCUCCCUCUUCACGGCAUCGAAGCUCCGAGAAACAAUAAAAAUAGGAGUAACAACAACAACAACGACGACAGUUGGAAUGGAGCGAGAAAUACGAUUGACAAUCAUAAUACCUUCAAUGCUCCAAGUGGAGCUCACAAUGAAUCCAAUCGGGGAUCAGUCCACGAAGAGCAGCAUACCAACACUGGGCCUGACAUCGGCUUUGGAGAGGACGCUGGCCCAGCCCCUCAGGGGUUUGGCAUCGACCCCCCGAUGGGAGAGACUGAUCAGAGCCGCACAACCUUGACAGAGCUGAUGGCGCUUUACCCAGAGUAUGUAAUUCCAUACCUGAGUCUGGCACCGGACAUGACCUUAGAAGAGAUAAAGUCGAAGCGCCGGUUGAUUGGACAGAUGCGAGCGUUACGCAUCGCCGCCCAAAGACACGAGGAGGAGAAGUUCGCGACCAGCGAGCUCUUCCUUAGUGAGCUGGAAAGAAAGAGAAAAGCAGAUGACAUGUCUACUUGA